GGGCUUGUGAAACCAGCUGUGAACUUCCUGUCCGUCUCAAGUGUUGUGGGCUUGAUGUUUUGACCUCUUGACCUUUACAGCAGCUUUCCAAAGAUCUUGUUUUGAUGUUAAUGAGAUUGAUCUCGAUCUAGUUAAUUAACUCAAAGGGGCGAUUUCUCACGCGUGGUCUUGUACUGUGUAAUGUUUCGCUGGAUAGAACCGAGGCAAGGUAAACACAGUAAGAACCGCUACUGAGCUCUGAGUCAAGUUCUUUGGAGAGAAUUAAUUGCAGUAGUCUGCCCUUUCAUUAUUUACAUGUUCACCUCUUUCGCUUUCAAUUUACGUGAAGGAAUAAGAGAGAGGGAGGAAUGAAGAGAUGAGGAUGUAUAGCGAGAGAGAGAGAAAACAUAGCUAGUGUUCGCCAUAGUUAAGGAAACCACGAUGGAGACAGGAAGUCGACGUCACAAGAUAGGAAAUGUACAGCACAAAACAUGACUUCUUUCUUUCAGAAAACGUUAGAUCACAAUGUUGCCAACUUUAAAGAAAAGGAACAGAUGAAGACAUUGAUACUCCACUGGGUAAACUUCAUCUAGUAAACAUGAAAGUUCGAGAUCAACCUUUGUGUGCUAGCCUUGUUUUAGCAAUGUUACUAGCUUGGCAUACAAAGCUUUGCUGGGCGAGACACAAGUGCUCCUGUAACUGUAUGACAGAGGUUGUGUCUCCGUCUGACCAGCCUCACGACGUGUGGAGCAAGAUCAACCCGGAAGUAGUGCAGACUUUAGGAUGCGCUCAAAUAACUUUCAUCGCCAGCGGAGACAGCCACGUCUGCCUUCAACAAAUCAAAGAGUUUAGCAAAAUCAAUGACUCCAACGUCGAACUGCUCGUGUUAGACGGACAUAAAGAGAUUUUCACCUUGAAAUAUUAUCCUAAUAGAUGGCAAAAGAGAGAAUUGUGUUCCGAGUCUAACUCGUUGACCUUUCAGCUUAAAAAACUCAAUGUGAAGCUAGAUUUUAACCCAGAACUUCUCUCUUUCCAUUUCGAUGUUGUCCACAUUGAAAGUCCUCGUAGAAAACUUUUUCUAGAAGAUUCUUUCUGCGACGAAACAUAUAGAUUAUAUAAUAGCACUAUAGACAUACGCAGUAAAUUUACAAACGUACAGGAAUUGAAUCGAAAAGUUUGUGGAAUAAAUUUAGUAAAAGACAGCGGCAACCCCAAAAACAUGUGUUUGUUCUAUACCUUAGUGCAACAAAAUGAAAGCAUUCAUUGGGAUGUGUACAUUUCUACUGUCAAGUACUCCUUUAAUCCCCAAGAUCACGUGUUCAGCUUCAACGCCAGCAGCCCAAAGACUGGCGCCUGGUGCUCUGGCGUCCCCUUCGUCAUGAUCAUCUUUGAAAGCGUCCAACACACCGGAAACGUGUUCACCAUUUCAGCCUACGACUUCAACGGAACAACGGACGAGUUCCUGGAGUUUCUUUACAGCAAGAGAGCUGGUCCGAUAUCUACCACCUCUUCCAGUGUUGGUGGUGGCGUCAAGGCCCACAUAACUUAUAUUCCGAUCGUGGUAGUGGCGGCAGUGGUUCUAUUUAUACUUGUUUUAGUCUUGAUCUUGACGAUUUCAGUUCGCUCAGUGUGUAACACUGUCACCAAGAAGACGGCUUGCUCCUCCACGUCUGGCUACGAACAGAAACAUAGAAUCAAUAAAGCGGAUAUUGUAGUCAUUCGAAACCAAAACCACUACGAACAAAAAAAUCUACUUCACAGUCUAUAGACACUAUUCUCAGUAGUUGUAGUUAUUCCCUGUUGCUUUUGCAUAGUCGUCCUUGCAACGAUGUCAUUGGCGUCCAGAUCAAUGUUUCGUUAAGGAUGUUAUGUGUACAAUGGCUUCAAGCGGGAAAAUUCCAGGAGUAAAGUCUCUGAGAAUUCGUAUGGAUUUACGUUGUCAUGGAUACGAACAGACGAACUUGGAGUAACACAGUUCAAAAGAGCGGACCGCAAGCGGAACAAAUAAAUAAAACGGUUGUUAAAAAAAAGAAAUACGGAUACUCUCUAAACAGCAGAAUGUCAUGAUUUCUUAUGCCAAGCAAGAAAUCGUCUGCGCGAUAGAAGGCGUCUUUUUUGAUGACGUAAUUGCUUCGUUUCUUUCCAUUCAGCAUUCUUUUAUAGUGCAGUGGUUUGCGAAUUGGCUACAUGACACUGGGCCAAAUAAUCAUUUUCAUUUUAUGGAAGAAAAAAAAGGGGAGAGGAAUAGAGUGCUAUAUGGAUAGGCCUGUAAGCCUUUAAGUGAGAUAGUAUCCUUAAAGAUUUACUCAGCAACAUAUUUAUUUUAUGAGACUUGUCUUACAGACUUUUUUCAUUUUUUAUUAUUUUUAAUAUAAAAUUAAUUUUAUGAAAGAGAAUUUCGAAUCUCUUGAGAAACAAAAUGAUUUUUAAAAAAAUCCUUAUCUAAAUAUCUUGAGGUCUAUUUCAAUCUGGGUACUUUUAAUUAAAUCGUAAUGCAAAAAAAAAAAUAAUUAAUAAAUUGUAAAAGCAGGGGAUAUAACUUUGCGGUACUGUAACACAUUUUUGACAGCAGACAACAAAGACAACAAAAAAAAAGACUCCUGCCGUAGUGGCAUUUAGACCGAUUAAGUCAAACGUCACAAUCGGCUGACAUGUGUGCUGGUGCUGUGUUUGACAGUUGAACUAGUGAACUUUCCAAAGGUCCAACAUAAAGGCAGAUGAUAACUGUACUAGUGAGAGCUUUUUAAGUUGUAUGUAAAUAUGUUUAAGUGUGUAAAAAAAAAUCAGUUGCCUCGUUUUGAAAAAAAAAAAAAAAGAUGUCUGCGCCACAUGCAAUAAUUGCUUUUAUCUUUUCUGUUGUACUGCUAAUGAUUGAGUGUAACAGAUGACACUGACCUCACGAAGCUAAUGAUUAUUUCCCCCACUUAUCCUAAGGUCACCCAACAUUCCCCUUUACGAUGUUGUUCUGUGACAAUAAUAGUCACGAGCCUCAGUGGUCACCCCCCCCCCUUCCCCACAUUCCUAUGCUUUGAUGACAUGGACAGGGAAGGGUUGUCAUCCACUGCUGAUGUUUGCGUUACCAAACGUAUCACAUCGUUAUGAGUUCACUAAUCCAGUGUGCAAUCCAUUUAAACAAUGCCCUGCUACCCAAAGAUGAACGUAGCGUUUCUAUGCAGCAAUCUCCUGCUACCCGUUUAUCAGUCUUGCAUUCCUUUAGAUCAGUGUUUCCCAAACUUUUGACCUAUGUGUACCCCUUUUAUAAUUUUUGUAAUGCUGAUUAGCCCUCGCCCCCCCCCCCCACUUUAAUAUAUUAACAGAACAUAAUAAAUGGGUAUUUAAAAAAAAAAUCUGCAUAAUUAAUGAGAUGCAAAGCGUAGCCCCACCAAAGUCUUCCCCUACCCCUGGGAAACACUGCUUUAUAUAAUAGACCAAUAUCCUACUGUGCAUCGAUCAACUAUGCUAUGCAUUCCCGUGCACCAAAUGUUCUGCAAACCAUUGAUCACCGAGGUCCAGCUAGCUAUCCAGCAAUCAGUUUUGCAUUCCCUUAGAUCAGUGUCAUCCUAGCUAUUGACAAGUUGUUGUUUUCUAAAGCUUAUAAACAUGAUUGUGAAAAUGGACCUCAUUCACCAAUCGUAAACAAACAACAUUUAGUCACGUGAUCUUAUUGAUAAAACAACGGGAAAAAAAACUGUCUCGUGACAACCAUCAUGAAUUAAACAUAAGAUCGUAAAUUAUAUAGAAGAGAUAGAGCACCACGUGGCUAAAUGGUGUUUGUUUACGAUUGGUGAAUGAGGUCCAUUAAGAAAAUAGCAUUAAGAGCAUGUUAGAUUUGAAUGUUAAUGCAUGCUUGCUAUGUCUAGGACUGUGUCUAAAUGAUGUAUCUGUGACUGUGUCUGUUUGAUGUAUGACUGUGUCUAUUAGUCGUCUAUGACUGUGUCUAAAUGGUAUGCCCAUGACUUUCUAAAUGAUAUAUCUGUGACUGUGUCUGUUUGAUGUAUGACUGUGUCUAUUUGUUGCCUAUGACUGUGUCUAAAUGGUAUGCCAAUGUCAUUUAGAGUAAUUGCUUCAAAGUUAAACUAUUUGCUCUUCAUUGCUUUUGUAGCUGGAAGUGGGGGGGGGGGGGGGGGGUUGGCGGUACCUCUUACCAAACGCCCUUGGUUCAAGUCAAAAGAACCCAUGUUGUAUCAUGCUAGUUCAUGGUGUUCUAUGUUUGCUUGUGAAAGUGAGUCUAUUCGCUUUUUAAAAUGUCUGCUGUGUCACUGUCUAUGGUGUGUGUGUGUGUUUCAUUGGAGACAUUCAAAGUCCAGUGUUUCUGAGUCAUUUUGACAACGUGUAAGCUCAUGACUGUAAUAACCUUAGGCGACCCGCCCCCUUUCACAUAGCUUACACACAUUUACUUGACAGCUAACGGAACACACACCACCUUUUUCCACUCUUCCUUUAUAUAAUCAUUUAUAGAAAACCUAAAAAAAAAAAAAACACAUUUUUAUGUGGCUUUUUUUUUUUUUCUUUUAGGAAAAAUAGUCAUAGAUCACAGGGAAAGGGAAGUAACAACCAUAGCUAGCUCUUAUGUUUAAAAUAAACAGUAUUUAUCUAAAUCUGUCCUACCCAAACCACAUUAAGUGAAGCAGUGCUACCUGGUCACUCUAAUCUGUGCAUAAUAAAACUUUAGAGGCUUGGUGCCAUGAGACUCAACGAUGUGAAGCGGCCCGUGGCAUGCAUGUCUGAAAUGUAUUCGGCCCCAAAGCUGGUGCCUCUUUAGGUGUUCAUGAAUGUGAUUGUCUUAUAAAUUGAGACUCUGGGAACUUAAUGUAGUUUCCCUCCAUCGGCCUGAACCAUUGUUUUGUCUGGAGAGGGGGCACAAGCAUGUGUUCCUUCUCUGUACCACAUCAGCCGCGUGGGUGCCCGGCGUGUGGAUUUACUGUAGUUUCCCUGAGUCCUUACUUCCAUCCCCGCAAGUGCAAUGCACUCAGUCCUCAGGUACACGUGUUCUGUUUCUGUUCCCUAUCGGCCUAAUCUUCAGAUCAGAGAUGACAAUAAUACCUUGUUGUUGUUUUUUAACUCUUAAUAUUUUGUUUCGGGAGGCAUUUGCACACUUGCCUUCGCUUAAAAUUGUCAUAUGUAAAUAAUUAAAUUUUAAAUUAAACGAAACAAUACUGAACUAAAAAUCUGUUUAGUAUUUUGUAAGUUUCAAUUCUUCUCUUCGUGCCAUCCUACAAAUGAAGUAGGUGUGACAUUGUCUGCCACUGUUCUAUUUAUUUAUUGAUUUAUUUAUUGUACUUUUAUUUCGCAAAAUGUUGGACGUGCUACUAAAUGAACUAAAGCGCUUCUAGUCUUUAGAGUUUGUACAGCCGAUUGUGAGUUCAAGAUGUACAUGCUUUUGUUAUAUGUAUUUUAUGUGUAAAACAAAUUCCAUUUUAUUUAUUUAUUUAUUGUUGAUUUGAAUUGGCACAAAAAAAAAAUAAAGAUUUUCUUUAAAUUCA